UUUUUUUCCUGACUGGUAAAUCUGGAUGCUUUGACUUCAUCAUUUUGCGCUUCAAAUGCGACGUUAAAUCAUGCGAGCGACGACAAAGAUGUUUUGUCUCGGUCAUGACUCAGUAUAAUUAAGCUGACAGACUUCAGACACUCCUGUCAGGGAUGGAGACAGACGGGACGACGAACUGGCUCAUGAGGAAAAUACUUUUCAACUUUUUUCUGUGCUGCGCUCCGGUUGGCGCACAGAUGGGGUUUGAUGGUGCUCUGACGGUGCAGGAGCAGAUGUACAUCCUCUAUGAAAUGAAAGUGCAGUGUUACCACAACCUUUCCAGUAGAGACCCACAGACAACAGAUGAUGUGUGUCCUCCAGAAUGGGAUGGUCUUAUCUGCUGGCCCAAUGGAUCUCCAGGUCUAGUUACCAAGGUUCCCUGUCCUGCGUACAUCUAUGACUUCAAUCACAAAGGACAUGCUUAUCGGAAGUGUGAUAUCAAUGGUUCUUGGGUAUAUGUGGACCACUGGAACAAAACAUGGACUAACUACACAGAGUGCCUUCACUUCCUGCAGCCCAUUGAUGACGAAGGCAGACAAGACUUUUUUGAGCGGCUGUAUGUUAUGUAUACCAUUGGUUAUGCUGUGUCCUUCAGCUCUCUGCUCGUGGCCAUCCUCAUUAUUGGAUACUUCAGACGUCUGCACUGUGCCAGAAACUACAUCCACAUGCACCUGUUUGUGUCCUUCAUGCUACGGGCAGUAAGCAUCUUUGUGAAGGACAGAGUAGUUUAUGCAAGCGCUGGGCUGAAGGACUUUGAUUCUGCUCUGCUGGACAACUUAAAAACUGUUACCAUGACACAACCGGACAAGUCUCAAUAUAUCGGCUGCAAGCUGAUAGUACUGCUCUUCAUCUACUUUUUGGCCACUAACUACUACUGGAUCCUGGUAGAAGGACUCUACCUUCACAGUCUCAUCUUCAUGGCCUUCCGGUCAGACUCCAAAUACCUCUGGUGUUUGACGUUUGUUGGAUGGGGUGUUCCGGCUGUUUUUGUGGCAGCAUGGGCAAUCGUCAGAGCAACACUAGCAGAUGGAAGGUGUUGGGAGUUAAGUGCUGGUAAUAUUAAGUGGAUCUGCCAGGUUCCCAUCCUGGCAGCCAUUGGGCUCAAUUUUGUCUUGUUUGUGAACAUUGUGCGCGUGCUGGCCACAAAAAUUCGAGAGACAAAUGCAGGAAGAUACGACACCAGGAAACAGUACAGGAAACUGGCAAAGUCCACACUGGUACUUGUACUGGUAUUUGGGAUCCACUACAUCGUCUUUGUUGGGAUGCCACACACUUUAAAAGGACCAAGCUGGGAGGCCCGCAUGUACUGUGAGCUGUUUUUUAACUCUUUCCAGGGAUUCUUUGUAUCUAUUAUCUACUGCUACUGCAAUGGAGAGGUCCAGACAGAGAUAAAGAGAACGUGGACACGGUGGCAUUUGGCGUUGGACUGGGAGGGUCCACUGCACUGUGGCCGUUACCGUUAUGGCUCUGUUGUUGUCGGCCUCAACAACAACAGUAACAGCAGCCACUCUCAUCUGGCUGGAGGUGGCCUGUCCACCCGUUCCACCACAGUGGGCCCAAGUCGUAUUGUUCGAAGUUCCGGCCUCUCUGUGGUCAGCAUGCAUGCCACACUGCCAGGAUAUGUCAUCAGUAACUCAGACACAUCUAUACCAGAAGAACCUGAGGACAGCGGACCCAAGCAGGUUGAUGAUAUCUCCCUGAAGGAAACCCUGCCUGUUCUCAACACCAGUGGAACAGCUGAGGAUGAGGAUGAAACACUGUAGAAUACAGUGCAUAUUAGGAGUAAAACUGCAAUCUUCAAAAUAUUUCAGCAUCAAGACCUUCACUGUCAAACUGUGGUAUCAAAACUAUACCCAAACAUUUUGCUAUUUGUGCAAGAAGCUAAAUAAAAAUAUAAAUGAAUAAAUAAUAGAAAAUUAAAAAUUCUAAUGCAUAAAAAAGCCUUUUUUGUACAGUCAGUGGAAUUUGUGAGGGUGUGUAAGUUGACUGAACAAAUAAUACAUUGUCAGCUCAACAUUCUAAACUGCAUGGCUUUGC